UAUUCACGUCCUGCAAGGGAAAAAAAAUGAUAGCAUUGGGAUUUUUCACUUUCCUUUUACUUGCGAUUCAAGCUUUCUCGUCUCCUGUGGCCAUUGAGCAAUCGAAAGCCGACGCCAAGGUGAUGAAAUGUGUUGUAGAGGUCAUCGCCGACACACUGUCUAAACCCAGCCCUUUGCCAAUCAGCCAACAAUGCAUGGAUGUUCUCAGGGGAGAUGAGAGAAUAAUCUCUGUACUUCGACAUCAGAAUCUGCUGCGAGAAUUACAAGAACUUGCAGCUGAAGGGGCCAAUGAGAAAGUGCAACAAAAAAAGCAGAGCAAUGAUUUCAAGAGUCACCUUGACAAAAAGAUAUCAUCAGCAGAUAAAUCACAUGAGAAUCCCACAGAGGAACAGCAAGGAUCAUCUGCUGAGAUCUUGGAAAUAAAGGACAACCAGCAUCAGGACAGCAUAGAGGGGACACAGCCAAAUGUGAAUGGAUACAGCUUUCUGACCACGAAGGAUAAAACUACAGAUUCAAACAGUGCUGCAACUGACAGUAGAGAAAUGGGAACAGAAAAGGAAGAUGCAAUAAGAGAUGAGCCAAUGAAGAAUGGCUCCUCUGAAGAUGAGUCUGUUGUGGAGCAGUCCCAGGAUCAGAGCCUAAGUGAGGUGCAUAGUCCAGAGGAAAGUGAGCAAAGUGAAGGUGCGUAUACCAAUGAAGAGGAAGUGGAUGAAGAUCAAAUCAAAGAGAGUGAGGAAGAGGGUGAGGAAGAAGGCCAGAGUGAUUACAAUGACAGUAAUAAAGAAGAGCUAGCUAAUGAUGAAGAGCCUUCACAAGAAGAUGGAGAAACCAAGGAAGUGGACAGAAACCAAAGUGCAGACAAUGAGCUUUCAGAGGUGGAGAGGGAUGGGACGGUCUCAGAGGAAGAAAUAGUGACCAAUGAGAACAACAUGAGCCACCGGAAUUCAAAGGAUGAAGAUAUAGAAGAGGAUGAAUACUCAAAUAUCAGUGAUGAAAAUGACGGCUUAUCUGAAGAAGAGUGGAAGGAGACAAAAAAAUGGAAGAAGACGGGUGAACUGGUCCCAGAGCGAAACUCGAAAAAAAGUGAAGAAAUGAGUGAUGAAGACAGAGGUGUGUUAGAUGGAAAAGGUAAAUCUACUGGACCUGGAAAUCCCAAACCACGCAACAAGUUGAGUCAUUUCCAAUUAUCAUUGGGAAACAGGAGAUCUCACUCUGAGGAAGAUAUUAGGCAGAAAGGGAAGAAGAAACCCAUUCCAUCAUACUUGGUGCGAAAAAGGCUUGAAAUGGAAGAUAAGAAAGAGAAAGAAGAGGAAGGAAGUGCCAAUAGGAAAAAUGAGGAGCAGGAAAUGGAGAAUCUUGAAGCAAUUGAAAGUGAGCUGGAAGCCAUGGCACGGAGGUUACAUCAAAUGCUCAGAAGUUAAAUCCAGUGCUACAAAACUCAGUAAUAAUGCAGCAACUAUCAGCACCUUUGUUUGAUAAGUAAUAUUUUAGCUUGUGCAUCAAAAUCAUCAGUGCUUUCUAGGGGUCUACUUCUGUUUUUCUUUCUGAGGUGCUGGUAAACGCUUGCUUACUUAAUCAUGUUGCAUCAUUUAAUCCUCCCAUUGCAUACUUUUUUUUUCUACAAUAGCUAAAUCCGUUUGCAAUAUUUUACUUUAUGGUUUAAAAAUUCUAUGGCUUUUUAGAAUACCCUAAGGAAGAAGUGAAACUCAAGUUAAAAUAUUAUUGUACUUGGUGAAAGUUUGUACCAAGGCAGACUAAUUGUAUUGUAUAUUCGAUACACAAUUUAUGUAAUUAAAAUAAAACCACUUUUACCCC